AUGUCGGCGACGCCGGGGGAAAAGGGGGGCGGGGAUGUGGAUAAUUUCGAAGAUCUGGAGGAAUUGUGGGAGAAUAUAUUUAAUAUCGAAUUUACGGGUAAAUAUAUUAGUGUGAGGGGGGUGCGACUGCCAGAGAACUUCACGAAAUUUGCAAAUGAGAUCGAAAAUUUUGAAAUUCGAGACGAUGACGUGUGGGUUUGCAGCUUUCCCAAAGCUGGUACCACGUGGACACAGGAAAUGGUUUGGUGCCUAGGGAAUCAUCUCGAUUUCGAAGGUGCGAAGGUGGAUUUGUAUCGACGUUUUCCGUUUCUCGAAAAAGCUGCUAUUCUGGAUUAUUCAGCAUUCGAAAGGAAAAAUCCUGGGGAAAAAUCGAAAGAACCUGCAGUGACAAGUCUCGAAUUCUGCGCGACUCGUCCCUCCCCGAGAUUCAUAAAAACCCACCUGCCCUUUCACCUUCUUCCUCGGGAUCUUCGCGAGGAAAAGACGAAUGCGAAAAUUAUUUACAUCUGGAGGAAUCCCAAGGACACGUGCAUAUCGUUUUUCCAUCAUUCGAAACUCCUGGGGGGGUAUCGAGGUGACUUUCCACUGUUCUGCCGACUCUUUCUAGGGGACAAACUUUUGUGUUGUCCCUAUUGGAGCCACAUUCUGGGGUUUUGGAACAAUCGGGAUGAUUUUCAGGAGAAAAUGUUGUGGCUGAAAUAUGAAGACAUGAAAUCAGACUUGUCAUCAGUAAUAAAAAAAACGUCGAAAUUCUUGGGAAUAAAUUCGCUUUCUCCGGAGGACCUGGAAAUCCUCGAGGAUCACCUGAGCUUUUCAAGAAUGAAGACCAAUCCAGCAGUGAACAAAGAGGAUUGGAUAGCGUACGUCAAACACUUCGACCUCACCACUGAGUCCGGAAAAUUCAUGCGAAGUGGUGAAGUCAAUCAGUGGAGGGCUGUCAUGAGCCCUGAAAUCUCCCAUAAAUUCGAUGAAUGGACAGCCAAUCACAUCAAGGAUUCUGACCUCACCCUAUGA